AUGAUGAGGGAGCAGCAAACUCUACUAACAAAUCAACAAGCUUCCAUCUUGAACAUUGAAAAACAACUUGGGCAACUAGGUAAGCAAAUAAAUGAAAGAUCGUUGGGAGGACUUCCAGGAAAUACUGAACAAAACCCGAAAGGAGCCCACAUCCAAGCUGUAACAAUAAAAAGCAGGAAAAUCAUUACUCAUUUGACUCCCAUCGACAGAAGCAACCUGGAUAUGGAGCAAGAAAUUCGAGAAAAAAGUCAAACCAAGGAAACUGAACAGUCACCACGAUGUGGUGAUAGUACCACGACGUGGCAAGAGUUUGAAAAGAAACAUUCUGAACCCGUUAAGCCAUAUCGCCCACCACUGCUCUUUCCAGGUAGAGAAAUACAACAGAAGAAUGAUGAAGAUUACCUGAAGUUCUUAGAUCAUAUCAAAUCCAUUGAAAUCAACAUACCAUUCCUUGAAGCCUUAGCCGAAAUGCCAAAAUAUGCUAAGUUUCACAAGGACCUCUUAACAAAACACAAGAAAAUGGAUGGAUUAUCUAAGGUGGUACUAAAUGAGAUUUGCUCUCCUGCAAUGCUAAACAUGUUACCAAAGAAGAUGGGUGAUCCAGGAAGCAUAACUUUACUAUGCCAAUUUGGGAAUCUAGCAACUAGUCAUACUCUAGCUGACUCGGGAGUAAGUGUUAAUUUGAUGCCUUAUUUGUUUUUCAAAAAGCUUGAUCUCCCUAAACGAAGACCGGUCCGCAUGGUCAUCCAUUUAGCCAACAAGACGAUGACCUUUCCAAGAGGUAUUUGUGAAGAAUUAUUAGUAAAAGUUGACAAAUUUGUUUUUCUCGUAGAUUUCAUCAUUUUAGACAUGGAGGAAGACGAACAAAUCCCAAUCAUCCUUGGAAGGCCCUUCUUGAGCACCGCCUGA